AUGCCGCCAAAGUCGCUGCUCACCGCUCUCCUCGCAGCCGGUGCCGCUGCCCUUCACCCGCCGCUCCUCGCCUCCCGCGCCGUGCCGCGCGCUCGUCCUUCCGCCGCCGCGUUCGAUGAGUACGGCGACGGCGAGGGCCUCUCCGAUGGUGAGGGCCUCUCGAUUGUGUCGGCGGCGGAUGCGGCGGCGGCGGAGGCUGCGCCGCUCGACGCAGUCGACUCGCUGCUUGAGGAGUGGCAGGAAUACGCGGCGCUCUCCGACACCACCGACGAUGGCGUGCCGACGGUCGAGCGGCAAGAGGCGAUGCUCUCGACGUGGCGCAGGAUGAUUUCGGACCGGGAGGAGGCACACGCAGACUUCAUCUUCGAGUGGCAGCAGCACACCGAGGCGCGGCCGCGCAAUGGGCCUUGCACUCUGCACGCCGCGGGCCUCCUGCAUGCCUCACAGGACGCGGAGAUGCGAGGGGCUGCCUUGCCCUCGCCCCUCCAGAGCGUGCGCGUGCUGGUGGGGGAGGCGGCUCGGCGCGCCGUCACGCACAACACCGCCUCCUCUUUCGCGUCGACCAAGCGGCUCAUCGGGCGCACCGCGUCGGCGGAGGAGCUGCGCGCCCUCGCCGCCCUCGAGGUGCCGUACCGGCGGGCUGGCUCGGGCGAGAUCCUGCUGCCCUGCCCCGCGCUGCGCCGCGCCCUGUCGCCGGCGGAGCUCGUGCGGGAGAUGGCGGCGGCGGCGGAGGGCUUCCUCGGCAGGCCGCCCUCGCACGCCGUCGUGACGGUGCCCGCCUACUUUGGCGCCGCCGAGCGCGCCGCCACCCUCACCGCCUGCCAGCUCGCCGGCCUGCCAGAGGUCUCGCUGCUGCGCGAGCCCGAGGCCAUCUGCCGGCCGCUGCUGCUGCGGCUGGUUCCCGCGAUCCUCGACGUGGCGUCGACCGCCGGGCGCACCCGCCGCUGGCAGCGCCUCGUCUCGUGGCGCUGGCAGCGCGCCGGCCGCCGCGACGAGGAAGGGGCCGAGGCAGGCGCAGGCGCAGGCGCAGGCGCGGCCCCCGCUUCGGCGCCCAUCGACCGGAUCGUGCUCGUGGGCGGCGCGACGCGCAUGCCGUGCAUCGGCCGUUUUCUCCGCCGCAUGACAGGCCUCAAGGUCAAGCCGUCCCUCCAGCCCGAGGAGCGAGGGCGCGGCGCGGAGGCUGUCGCCCUCGGCGCGGCCAUACAGUCCGACAUCCUCGCGGGCGGCAGCGACCUCGGCUUGCGCGUCAUCAACCCCUUCUUCCAGGUGCCACCGCCGGCCACCGGCCGCAAGAAGGCGGCGGCGAAGAGCUAG